AUGGCCGAUCAUCCAUUGAGAUAUCCUCCCAUUGCGCCAAAGGGGCCUGACACCGAACCCCCAGCACCAAGUCGCUCUCCCCACGAAAUUCGAACAAAGCGAGCCUCUACCGCUUGUGGUGAAUGUAAGCAGCGUCGAACAAAGUGCACCGUCGAUGAUUCGGGUCCUCCAUGUGCUGAGUGCGCACUCCAUAACCGGGAAUGCGUCAUUGAUGAGCUAGCCGACAAACGACGGAAGGUCGCAGCCAAAGAGACGGAAGAAAACCUUAAAAAAUCGCAGAGAGACCUCGCGAAGUCACGAAAAGAUCAUGAGAUCACUCAGGGGGAAUUGGAGUAUUACCGUUCAUACGUCCGCUACUUGCUCGAUGCGAUUCGAUUUGGCCAACUUGAGGAUGUUAAUAGCCUCAUCGCCGUUAUUCGGAGGGGCGCAACAGAAAGGGAAAUCGGAAACUUUCUAUCGCAGUUUGCGCACAUCGUCCCUCAAUUCAGCCUGGACACACCUAGGGGCUCUGACUCUACGAAUGGCGAGGACGGUACGCCGGUUGUGGAUGGGCCCACAAAGGCGUGA